UUGUAGUCUUUAGCAUGGAGAACCCCGCCGCGUGUUAUAAAGGCCUUUGUGGGCGUAAAACUACAGUUCCCUCUGCGCUCCUCGGAGGUGUUAGUUGUCAAUAUGGCUGUUGUCAGACAGACAAAGCGGAGAGGCAAAUAAUUCGCCUCUGAUUAGAAAUCCUUGGAAAAGGGUCGUGCAGGGCACUGCCGUCUAACUGCGCUAUUGUUCGGCCGCAGUAAAAGACACCGGUUGGCUUGUGCUUUACUUUUAAAGUUAAAUGGUGAAGUGGACUAUUUGAACCGAGCAGGAUGUCUGACAUCAGUGAGGAGCCGCGCUUCACCAUCGAGCAGAUAGAUCUGCUGCAGCGGCUGCGUCGCACCGGGAUGACAAAGCAGGAGAUCCUGCACGCGCUUGACACUCUGGACCGGCUGGACCGGGAGCACGGUGACAAGUUUGGCCGCCGCACCUCUUCCUCCUCCUCCUCCUCGUCCACCUACCUCGUAGGCGGGGCGAACAGCUGCACCAACAACUCUGCCUCCAAUACAACCGCCACAUCCUUCAUCAGUAACACCACUGCCUCGGCAACCACAACCACCUCCUCGGCGUCGUGCAACGGGGGCGAAGGCGGCGAUCACUCCGCUGCCGCCUCGUCCACCACUUCCAAAGUCUCCACAGCCACGCAAACGCAGUUCAACAGUGGAGGGAGACUGUCCCCAUCUCCCAGCAACAGCUACAACACCUCCCCGCCUCCAGGACCGCCGCCACCCUCGGCGGUCCUUCCAUCGCCGGUGUCACUGGUGGCGCUGUCUCAGAACGGCCGGGACAGUCUGGCGGCUACGCCCAAUGGAAAAGUGUCUCCGCCACGGUAUCCGGUGAACAGUGCAGCAGCGUCGCGAGCGUUUGGGUUUGAAACUGCAGAAGAAGACCUGGAUAUCGAUGAUAAGGUGGAGGAGCUGAUGAGAAGGGACAGCAGUCUGGUGAAAGAAGAGAUCAAAGCUUUCCUGGGGAACAGGAGGAUCUCUCAGGCAGUUGUGGCUCAAGUAACAGGCAUCAGCCAGAGCCGGAUCUCCCAUUGGUUGCUGCAGCACGGCUCCGACCUCAGCGAGCAGAAGAAGAGGGCGUUUUACCGCUGGUACAUCCUGGAGAAAACCACACCAGGUGCAACUCUAAACAUGCGGCCAGCUCCGCUGCCCCUGGAGGAGAUGGAGUGGAGGCAAACACCACCGCCCCUCACCACCGCUCCCGGAACCUUCCGGCUGCGUCGGGGAAGCCGCUUCACUUGGAGAAAAGAGUGCCUGGCUGUGAUGGAGAGUUACUUUAAUGACAACCAGUAUCCAGAUGAGGCCAAAAGAGAGGAGAUAGCCAACGCGUGCAAUGCUGUUAUUCAGAAACCAGGGAAGAAGCUGUCUGAUCUGGAAAGGGUGACCUCCUUGAAAGUGUACAACUGGUUUGCGAACCGUCGCAAAGAGAUCAAGAGGCGAGCCAAUAUUGAAGCAACAAUCCUGGAGAGCCACGGGAUAGACGUCCAGAGUCCAGGUGGACACUCCAACAGUGACGACAUUGAUGGGAAUGACUUCUCAGAGCAGGCCUGUGAUCUCCCAUAUUUUGACAAGAGACCUCUGAGCCGACCGUUUGGCCUUUAUCGCCUGGAGCCCACCUCACCAACACAGGAUGACAGCGCAGCUCACAACGAGCACCAGGACCCCAUCUCUCUGGCCGUGGAGAUGGCCGCUGUCAACCACACCAUCUUGGCACUGUCCAGAACCGGAGGCGUGCCCAACGACAUCAAGACGGAGUCUCUGGAGGACGAAUGAACUGCUCAGGAACUGGGACGGAGUGAGGGAACAAAGUUGAUGAUGAUUUGGGGGGGGGACAAUAGACCAAAAUAAUCCAACUUAGUAAAAACCUUCAGAAUCCGCUCCCCUCCUUCCAGAACGUCCAUGUAGACAAUAACAACCCCCACCCUAUUUUACUCAAUAUAUUGACACAGCUGGCAGGUAUGGUUACUGUAGGCUUUGUAAAAGAAGGAGGCGGCGCGAGUUGUGAACCUCCCACCUAAAGGUGGCACCUCUCUGGGACCGGGUCUCCCAGGAACUCCUCUCCCUUUCCAGCACAGGAUACCUCUUCAGUUUUCUCUCCUCUUCCUUCCCUCAGCAGCCUGGUUGUCUGAGCAGAUUCUCAGUCUCUCACCUCAACCUCAGAAAAACGACGCACUGUAAAUAAAUAUUGAAUAUACAUAUAAGGUUCUAAUGGUUCUCAGUCACCCUCACCUCAUGACACGCUACCUACCUACUUACUUGCACCCUCAAACCCACCUCGUCAUAGCACAGAGCAUCAGAAGAGGAGGCCAGAGCCAUCCGCCCCGGGAUGAAGAGCGCUCCCUCCUCUUCCUCUCUGGCUGCGAGGCGGUUGGCAGGAGUGUUACAGGAACACUCAACGGUCCAGUCAGUCUUUACCCUCUGUAGUCGUCGUUCCUCAGUGGAAGUUGUCCGUUCCUCGCAGUCGAGCUGCCUACAUUGGAUUGACACCAAACCAACUUUGCAGAAUGUCUGUUGCAAGGAAGUAGCCUUAACUUGAGAAACACAGCUGGUUUUUAUUUUCCCAGAGCGCAGGAACAAAAUAACAACCUGCACAGAUGAGGGGGUAGGGGGGGGAGACGGACUCCUUAAAGUCACUGUUAAUGUUUCCAUCCAGCAGCAGUUUGUUCUCCCUCUGUUUCUUUUAGCGGAGAUUCUAGCUGUUUUUCUUGUCAUUUAUAGUAAUCUCCCCUCAGUUGGUGAGGAUAAAUCAGCUUCCCUCGGCUGUCCAAUAAGGGAACGGUCUCUAUGUUUUCCACAUAAUCCAUGCCAAAGGAACUGGCUCUGUGCUGGGGCAUAUCUGAGAGCGGUGUUUCAGUGAAUCCAGAGUGAUCGCUGCUAACCCUUCUGGUGUCUCCAUGUUUUUGGUCCUCAUGUUCAGUGAAGCCUCUCAGGCCAUUGUAGGCUUGACACUACAGCAGGCCUGUAUCAGUAAUGGUAGGUAUUGGCAGGCACACAUGAUAUACCCCUAAGCUAUUUACUUCUGUGAUGCUGCCUCUUCAUUAUAAUAAUAAUAAUAAUGUAAGCUAUGUGCUUUUUUUUUUUUUAUACAAGAAGUAUCAAAUUAGACUGUAUCCACACUGGAGAUGAAUAUCAAAGAACUAUAAAAACUCUUUUUAAUUUCAUCUAUAAAUAACCUCAAAGGGAAGCAAUGAAGGGAAUCAGACACUUAGUGUUUUUUUUCUCUCCUGAAUGAAAGUUCUCUAAAACCAUCAGCAUCUAAAACAAAUAUCAGUUUAGAUGAGCCCAGCUUCUUCUCUGCUUAUAAUGGAUUAUAUUUUGACAAGAAGUUGCACAGCCCAAAGACGUUUAUGCAACAUAUUUUUUUCCAACAAGUUCAAUGAAAACAUCAAUACUGCUAUCCUGCCCGAAUGCUGUGGAUUUGAGCAGAGCUGGGUUUUGUUUAAUCAGAGAAAACUGCUAGCCUAGCAUUGUCCAAAAAGUGCCGUUGGUAUCUGUGAAGAUCAUAAACGUUUGGUUUGGCCGAAGGGCAGAAAGGAUUGCUAAAGUUCCUCCGCAUCAGGGUUGAUGAGUUUGUGUAUUUAUUGGAUGUCACAAAUAGGUGUGCAAGAAUAGCUAGCCGCUAAUCUUCGGGAUCCAUCACUAGCUGCACCAUGGCGCCACGUUGGCUUGUUCAGCUUGGAGAACACUUGAGAAUAAACAAUGUUGAAAUAGUAAGAAUUGUAUUUAAAGAUGGACCCCAUAAUUAGGUUUGAUAAGUUAAGCCACUGUAUGUUAAUAUGCAUGUUAGCAAAAUUAUUUAAAAUAACUUCAGAAACACAACUGACUUCAUUUGAAGGAGCUCUAUACCCACGUGAGGCAGGGUACACUGGACGGGUCGCCAGUCCAUCAGUCACACAGGACAAAUAACCAUGCACACAUACUCCUUCGUAAGGGCGAUUUAAGGUAACCCAAUUAACUUAAUUCAUGUUUUUGGACUGUGGGAGGAAGCUGGAGUAUGCAGAGAGAACCCACAGAUAUGCAGGGAAAACAUGCAAACUCCAUGCAGAAAGACCCCAGGGUGGGAUUUGAACAGAGAACCUGCUCGUUGCAGGGCAGCAGUUCUACCAACUGCACUACUAUGUAGCCUUCAUAUAAAACCAAUAUCCUAAUUUCAGCUUGGCAUUUGAAAUGUUACACAGGGUUGCUAAUUCAUUCCUGUUGAGUGAGACUCGAGCUUUUCCUCAGUUUCUCUUUUUGUCCAAAUUGAACUUGGCAACCCUGAGUUGCACCAUUUAGAGUCACAAACACUACAUUUUUUCAUGAGCCAAAAGACCUGUGCUAAUUUAUCCAUUUAGGCCUAAAAGGUUUUGGAUUUAAUUAAAAUUCCUCAUGAAAAUUAAGGAUGCUUUAGUUGAAGCAGAAGUUCAAAAUUCUGCUAUAGAAACAAACCCGGUACAUAGUCCCACUAUUGGUGUCAUCAGCUAAGUUUGUAGGUUUACAGAAUAUUUAAAAAUACUCUGGAUUUUAUUUGUCAGGAUUUACAUAUCACAGCUCCAAGUUAGUCAGCCAUAGCUCAUUGGUAAAUUGGACUGCUUUGAUGGCCUCGGGAAUGUAGGACAUUAAGAAUGAGUUAUAUGAAAACAGUUUAAAUACAGCGCUGAUCCAAGGCUGUAAUGAGUUCAGAACUGACCCACAAUCAACCACUGCUACACUAAUAUUCAUACUUGACCUCCAUGUUUUCCUGAUAACCCAGUUCCUUCCUUCUGUAUUUGUGAUGCUUCCACUAGGCUUGAAACUUUCUCACCUUGUAUGAAAAUACCUCAAUAUGAUGGUACUUACACAUUUUAAACAAAUCUAUAACAGGAUACAAGGCAACACAACACCUACACCUGCUAAAACAGUGAAUAGUUCUAAUGCUUGACAUUUAUUUAGGAUUUUGACACAAAAACUUAAAUACAAAUAUACAAACUCCAGCUAAAUUUAGUUGUACUUUUUAAGAGUGCGUUGUGUGGAAUAUUCCACCUUUUUGCUCCUUCUGGAGUCACACAAGUCUAACAAGCUAAUAUUAGCUGGGUAAUGGUUGGCUAUCUGCUGAGGUAGCCAGCCAGAUUGGUAUAGAUUGCCAGUUGUAGGUUUUAAAUUACGUUACUUCAAGAGUAAUGGAUGUUGCUCCUUUAGUUUUUAAGACCAUAAUGUUUUUUGCAACCAGAAAUAUGUUCAAACAUUGAAUUUUUUUGUGUGAUUGUGGAAAAAGUACAGGAGAGUUCCUCCAGCCAGCUGACUGGCAGUGCACACCAACAGGGGGAAGUGUGCUGAGUUUCUUUAAGAUGGAUACAGUUGGAGAAAUCUUGGUAUGCUUUGUAAGCAUGUCUAGAUUUUACCUCCUAGGAAGGUGACGAUAGAUGUUCUCCUACUCAACAAAAUAUAUAACUUAGAAAAACAUCUUUAGUUUGUCUACACUGCUGUGGGUACAACCUUUCUGAUGUGAAAGAAUCAUGUUUUGUAGAAUUACCGUACAAAAAUAAUUUAAACCUGAUUUGUGAAAGUUUUACUGGUCUUGGGGGCCCCCUGUAGGCUUGGCAAGGCCUAUGCAGCUGCAUAUGUCCCUUAAUCUUGGGCUGAGAGUCUAAACAAAGAGCCAGAAGGUAUUUUUGGACAAAGACAGGCUAGCUGUGCGAUUCACAGCCUUUAUGCUAACAUCCCAGCUUCAUAUUUAGCACAGAAGCAUAAAAAGGGUUACAGUUUUUCCCAAAAUAAGUGAAUAAAAAAGUUGGAACACCAGGUAUAAGCACCACUGUCCAAUGGUUUUUGAGAACUGAUGAGAAAAAAAACUUCCUGGCAGGACUGAGCAAAACAUAUCUUGUGAUUCCUCAUUAGUAAAGUGAUUUUUGAUGUUUGUGAUGAACCAGGUUACAUGUUGCAACACUGAAAGUGUUUGACGUCUUUUAUUUUCUAAAUAUCCGUCUCAUGCUCAUAACUCCACAAGCUGGGUUCUGGUCUAGUAAAGCUAAUUAGACAGCUUCUGUCUGUAAGAAGCUGCAAAACAGUCACUCAGAACUGGUUUUAAAAGGAAAUGUAAAAAAAAUAAAGAAAUGAAAAUAUAUGUAUUUAUGCUCAUUUUGUAUGGUAAUGUACAAAGACGAAUGAAACGCUUUGAAAUGAAACAUGCUUUAUAGUUAAUGAUUUUUCAUUUUACCGGCCUUAUUUUUCUAUUCUAAUUUUUGCAUUUAGCCGUCUCCAUCGUCUGAGCAACAGUUUCAUGAAAAGGCCAACAAUGAUGCACCUUAUAAGGAUUAAGUAUUGAUGACUAAGCUUGAAAUGAAACCUCCGCCUGGUGUUAAUGUCCAGUGUAGUAUAUAGUUCUAUAUAAUGAGGCUGGUGUAGAAUCAUUUGGGUGCAGCUUCUUCACACACACCUUUAUAAAAUCCAAGCGUUGAUGGAUUUCAGUGAUACUUCUGUACUAAGUUUAAUGGUUGAGGAAUAUCACAGAGCGCCUUCAGAGAUUUUUUUUUUCUCAACCCGUAUUCAGAUGGUCCGUCUAACGUUUGGACAUGCCAUGAUCUGUUAAAGUGCUUGGAGAUUUACCAGGCGUCUCAUGGUGUGGUUACAUGUCUGUCAAUGUCUUCAAGUGAAAAGCCACCCAGUUCAUCCAACUGUCACUCAGAAGACUGAAUGCUGUUGUAUCAAUCUUUAUAGUUGAGUUCAAAAUUACUGUAUUGCCCAUUUCAGAAUUUAGUGCCUUUUUUGGACAGUAGACUGUUCUGUAAUUAAGAUGUAGUAUAUAAACAUUUUUUGUACAGUUUCUUUGUCCAUUUUUUAACUUGUGUUUAUUUUAGUAUGAUAUAUAUAUAUAUAUAUAUAUAUAUAUAAAAUGUACAAGAGAAUAAAGCUAUAUCAAUGACUGUG